AUGCGUAUCUCGACAGUUUUGGGGUUGGGGACUCUUGUCUUUGCACCCACUCUUGUCUUAGCUGGUAAGAGGCCUCCCGCAAAUGCUGUCCGCUAUGAUCCGAGCAUCCAACAUGCCCCCGCCCAUUAUUACGUUCCCGCAAUAGACGAAUAUCAUCGACAACACCCUCCUCCGCAAUAUGAGCAUGUUCUACCAUCAUAUCAUGAGGCACUUAAUCAGGCAGCCGCUAGCUACCGAGGGAGAAGAACGGUUCCUGAAGAUGAUGAGGACCAAUCUGGGCAACACAAUGCAGGGCGAUUCCAUGACGAUGAUGGGGGCCACGAUAGGUAUCGCGCUCGUGCCCUUUUGGUGCGCGCUCUGCUUGACGAGCUGGAGUGA